AGAGGAGAAAAAGGAGUGAGAAGAAGAGGGAGGUUAAAUGCAGUGAAACCCAAACAGAGUUUUGCUUCUGGGGUAUUUCAAAUCAUAAUCUGAUUUGGGCACCAGAGAGAGGCAGAGGGGGAGAGGAGAACCCAUUUCUUGAAACCCCCCUCCGCCUCGGGAAAAAGGCUUCACACGCACCUACACACAGAGGAAAAACAGCAUGCACGACUAGGCCGCAAGUCAUUAGUUCUUGGUGGACAAGCACUGACAAAGGACUGAGGGGGAAGUCUGCAUGGGUGCCUGGAGAGCAUCCAGAGGAAUUAGAGCUGAGCAAGAGGCUCUCCUUUAACCUGAUUUUGUUUAUUUUUCUUUGUGAGGAAGGACAUAGCCCAGAGGAUCCCGUCAGAGCCGAGCCGACCUAGGCAGCAGCAAGGGGAACGGGUGCACUUCCUGGUGUGCGUGAUCUGAUUGAGUGUUUUGGAUGCGAGCGCAAGCCGCGGGCGGUCCGCGUCGCCUUCAUCCGCCGCUGCAUCAUCUGCAGCCGGUGUCGCUGAGACAAGGGAAAAAGAGGAGAUAGGAGCCCGCGAUCAGACGAACAGUGACGUUUGCGAGUGUGUGUGUGCAAUAUCCUCACAAUGCUGCUUGUGCUUCAAAGUGGAUCGCAGCGGAACAGGAGAGCAGUGCUCUCGGUCUCACUGGAUGGAUAGAGGAUCUAACGCGAUUAAAUAAAAAGCGGCUUUCUUGUUCUUCAGCUAGAAAAGCCAAACACCUUCGGCUCACUAUUUGUAUUGAGGUUGUUGGACUGCAGUGUUGCUUCUUUCUGACAUAACAACACAAAGACGCCGAACCGAAGGACAACAGAGACAUUCAAAUCCAAAGGAAUGCCAACCUAAAAGUUGCCCCAGUGGCUCCACACUGUUUCCAGGUCAAAGUGGAGGGGGCGGAGACUAAGCUACUGUUUUUUUUUGUUGUUUGUUUUUUACUAUCAAACGGCCUCAGUUUUGCUGCUUGAACGGUCUGUCCCGUUGGCCGCACUGCUUAUUUAGCUUGCAGACCUUUCACUAGCUCUGCUCAUAUUUGGCUUGAAUUAAUCAUCUAAUGCAGACAGAGAGUAGCUGAAGAGGUUAAACAAGUGUGGGGAAAGAGGAGAAAACACACACACACCACCGUCCUGACUCUGGGCUUUUAUGACCGCAUCCAGAAACCUCGGCUGCCUGGCCCUAUUUUCUUCCGCGCUGACUCGGUAACCAAGCGAUGGCCAUGGUGAGUGGGGGCUGGGGAGAUCCCAACGGGGGCACCAACGGGCUGGGGGACAAGGGCUACCUGCGGGGGGAGGAGGAGGACGGCUCUCCGCAAGCGGGGGGCAGCGACAUGGAGGCCGGGGACGAGGACAAGGCCUGCGUAGUGGACUGCGUGGUGUGCGGGGACAAGUCCAGCGGGAAACACUACGGCGUGUUCACCUGCGAGGGCUGCAAGAGCUUCUUCAAGAGGAGCGUCAGGCGUAAUCUCAGCUACACAUGCAGGUCCAACAGGGAGUGUCAAAUUGACCAGCACCACAGGAACCAGUGCCAGUACUGCCGUUUGAAGAAAUGUUUCCGUGUCGGCAUGAGAAAAGAAGCAGUUCAACGCGGGCGUAUCCCACCUCAGCCAAGCCUCAGUCCCUCCAUCACACCCAUAGGUGGCACCAGUGGCAUCGGCGGCAGCGAGUUCUACAAUAACAACAACGGAGGAGGAGGUGGUGGCAGCGGGGGUCAGCCAGUGUCUGAGCUCAUAUCCCAGCUGUUAAGAGCCGAGCCUUACCCCAACAGUCGAUAUGGACACCAGUACAACCAGCAGGCCGGUCCGGACAAUGCCAUGGGCAUAGAUAACAUCUGUGAGCUGGCUGCCCGGUUGCUCUUCAGCACGGUGGAGUGGGCCAGAAAUAUUCCAUAUUUCCCCGAGCUGCCUGUGUCAGACCAGGUGGCGCUGCUGAGGCUGAGCUGGAGCGAGCUUUUUAUCCUCAACGCGGCCCAGUCGUCUCUGCCACUGCACAUGGCACCCCUGCUGGCAGCAGCGGGCUUCCACUCUUCGCCUAUGUCCGCUGAGCGCGUGGUGUCCUUCAUGGACCAGGUGAGGAUGUUCCAGGACCAGGUGGAGAAGCUGAUGAGACUGCAGGUGGACUCUGCCGAGUACAGCUGCCUCAAGGCCAUCGCACUGUUCUCACCAGAUGCCUGUGGUCUAACAGACCCGGUCCACGUGGAGUCCCUGCAGGAGAAGGCUCAGGUGGCUCUGACGGAGUACGAGCGGAUGCAGUACCCAAGUCAGCCACAGCGCUUCGGCCGCCUGCUCCUGCGCCUACCCGCCCUGCGCGCCGUCCCCGCCAACCUUAUCUCCCAGCUCUUUUUCAUGCGCCUGGUCGGAAAGACCCCUAUCGAGACGCUGAUCCGUGACAUGCAGCUCUCCGGAAGCUCCAUCAGCUGGCCGUAUGUCCCGGGACAGUAGCUCUGUGACGGACGAGGUCUCCGUCUGGGAUUAGUGACGACAAGGACCCACAGGAAACCUCCUGACUCAUCACUAUCCAUCUGUGUGGUUGUCAAGCUGCAGUGCCAGCUGGCUGUCAUACGUGCUGUACUGUAACCUCUCAAUCCCCCCUCAUGAAACAGGCUCCAGCCCCCCUACCCGGGCCUCCAGAGAAGAGAGUAGCUCGUGCCAGGCUGGUGCCGUUUUCUUGCCAACCCAGUCUGUCUGGUGCCAGAAACCAGCUCCUCACGCUGGGGUCCAGUAUGGCCACUACAGUCAGUCAUGUCACCGCCUGCAUGUCAUAUUGACUAAACUCAGCCUCGUGUAGAGGGCAACAGCACCCUGCUACAGUUUCAUGUAGAGGACAAAACUGUCCUGUCACUGAGCACGCGCGGAACCAUUUUUCCUCUACACUCGGUACUGUGCAUCAUGACCCGGGAACGGGUUUAACUAAGACAGAGCAGAGCUGCUUAAACCUUUUAAUUCACUGCUUUUUGUCAGCGCUGCAGAAGAAGAAACGAGAUGAAAUAAGACCAAAGUUUAUUAUGUUGUCCUCAGAUUGUUGUCAAAAUAAACACAAACCAGAGGAGGAGAGAAGCGACUGGUGCACUGGGCUCACUGUUGCUAUCGUUGAAGAAUACUAAAGUUAAAAGGCUCCAGUGGGAACAGACUAAUACCUCAUCAGACAUCAGAAUGCUUUAGUCCGAUAUUUCCUAAACAUGAACCUCUGGAAGAUUUGUUCACCAGAAACCGCCUUCUUUUUGACAACUGCCUUGAUAUCGAGGACGAUGAAUUUAGGGCUCCCUGUGGCUCAGGAGCUCACUGUCUUGUAUUUGUUGUCCUUUUGAAAAUGAGUUUUGUCUCUGUAUUGUUUACUCUGCUUUGUUUGGAUACCGUUUUUUGAAUAAGAUGUAUAAGGCCGACAUGGAAUUUGGACUUAAUGACAAAUAAAUAAAAAUUAGGAGAUCAAAAGAUUUUACCUGUUAAAAAAAAAAAAAGUUUACGUCCCUUCAUAAAAUGCCUUGCAAAAGUAUUCACAACCAUUGACAUUUUGUUGCAUUACAAAUCCAAACUUUAAUGUAAUUAUUUGUAAAUUUCUACGAUAGAUCAACACAAUGAAGCAGAUGUUUGUGAGGUGAAAGGAAAACAUUACAAUAUCGUCACAUUUAAAAUAAAAAUGGCUGCUGCUAGUCUUUUGGGGAACGUGUCCUUCAGCUUGAUACAUCUAGAAACAUUUUUUGCCCAUUCAUCUUUGUAAACUAGCUCAGGCUCAGAUGUGUUGGACGGAGUGCUGCUACAGAUUCUCAGUUGGACUCUGGUCAGAAUUUUACUUUAAAUCAGAGCAUUGAAGGCUGCAGCCAGACACUGGCCAAUUUUGGUCUCAUCUGACCAGGACACCCAUUUCCACAUCUAGCUGUGUCUCCUACAUUACUUGUGGCACAACACAAAUGGGACUUCUUGUGGUUUCCUUUCAAUAAUGGCUUUUUUCUUACCACUCUUCUAUAAAGGCUAGAUUAACAUAUUCCUUGGUGUUCAUGAUGCUGUUUUUCCCUUCAGUGUUCUCUAGCAAACCUCUGGCCCUGACAGAACAGCUGCAUUUAUAACCAGAUGAAAUGGUCGCAAUGGAUUAUAUUCAGGAGUAUCCGAAUAAAGGGGCUGAAAAAAUGCACAAUACUUUUUUCAUAUUUUAAUAAAAAUAUAUAUAUUUUGUGUUGGUCUAUCACAUAAAAUAGAUGAACAUUUGUUGUAACGUGGCAAAAUAUGGAAACACGGGGGUGUGAAUACUUUUGUAAGGCAGAGUGCUACAUCUGGGGUAACAAUGUGUUAAAAUAUGUAUAUAUAUAAAUAUUGAUGCCAUUUCCUUUUUUGCAUGUUCAGGUGUUUUUGAAGCUCUUAUGUUGAGUUUUUUUUUUCCCCUGAUUUACACUAUUAUUCAAGUUUGAUUUAAACGUUAAAGUAUUCCUUUAACUCAUAGCUCCUAAAUGCAUUCUUUCUACAAGUAGAUGAAAAUACCUCAGCUCAAACAUGAAGUAAGCAAAUGUAAUGAGCUGUUCAUGCUGUCACCUGGAAUUAGAUCUUCUGCCAUAUUAUGUGACGUAACUAAUGUAAAUGUGGUGGGAAGGCUGCGAUCAGAGGAAAAUCGAUGCUUAAAAACAUCCCACUGUUCAAGUCGAGCUGAAGAAAAGGAGGGCCCUGGUCCUUUUGGAUUUACCUCACAUGAUUAAUUCAAGAAGCAGGUUUACAAAUUAUUUAAUAGAGGACAAAACUGCACAUUCUCUGGAUUUUUCUAAGCAUUCAUUUAUACAAUUCUACAGUUUGUAACACUGCUUCUUGAUCUACUGCUGGGCCUGUAGAAUGUUAUUUAAACGCUCAGCCUUGUCUUAGAGAGUUGAAGAUGAACAGACCCUGCUUUUUGUUUUAUUCUGUUAAUGGGUUUCUUAAGAUUCCAGAUCUCCUGUAUAUGGUUGUUAUUAAAACAUGACAUCGUGUCAAAACUUCUUCAGAAAAUGUUGUAGUUUUAUCUGUAUGAUGAAUGCCAAAUAAACACUGCAACAUGUGACUACAAA